GAGACUGUUGCUCGGUUUUGGCGCGAAACCCCGGCCGGCGCGGAAGCGGCAGCGAGUCCUCGGGUUGUUGUGUUCCAGUUCUCAGCUUUGUCUCUGGUGCCGGCUCCGCCAUGUCCGGUUUCGAUGAUCCCGGUGUCUUCUACAGCGACAGCUUCGGGCCCGACCCGCAGGGCGACGAUGGGCAGCUCCGCCACUCUCAGGUCAAAAAGCGGAUGCGGGAGUUCCUGCGCCAGUACCGGGUGGGCAGCGACCGCACCGGCUUCACCUUCAAAUACAGGGAUGAACUUAAACGCCACUACAACCUGGGUGAAUAUUGGAUUGAGGUGUCUCUGGAGGACCUGAGCAGUUUCGAUGAGGAUCUGGCCGACCUCCUCUUGAAGCAGCCAUCUGAACACCUGCCGCUGCUGGAAGAGGCAGCGCAGGAGGUGGCAGAUGAAGUGACCCGUCCCCGCCCGGCGGGUGAGGAGAUCCUACAGGAGGUCCAGGUCAUGCUGCACUCCGACGCCAAUUGUGCCAGCAUUCGCAGCUUGAAGUCAGACCAGAUGUCUCGGUUGGUGAAGAUCCCGGGAAUUGUGAUCUCGGCGAGCACCGUGCGCGCCAAGGCCACCAAGAUUGCCAUCGAGUGUCGCGGCUGUCGCAACGUGAUGAGCAACAUUGCCGUCCGGCCCGGCCUGGAAGGAUACGCUUUGCCUCGUAAAUGUAACACGGAUCAGGUAGGCCGGCCCAAGUGUCCUGUCGACCCGUACUUCAUCAUCCCCGACAAGUGCAAGUGUGUGGAUUUCCAGACCCUGAAACUACAGGAGUCCCCGGACGCCGUGCCACACGGAGAGAUGCCGCGACAUUUGCAGCUGUAUUGUGACAGGUACCUGUGUGACAAGGUUGUCCCCGGCAACCGGGUCACUAUUAUGGGCAUCUACUCGAUCAAAAAGUCGGGCAGGACUGCCAACAAAGGUCGAGACCGCGUGGGCGUGGGAAUCCGGGGCUCGUACAUCCGAGUGGUCGGAAUCCAAGUGGACACUGAGGGCACGGGUCACGGCCUGCCUGGGACCACGUCGCCGCAGGACGAGCAGGAAUUCCGCCAGCUGGCCGCCAUGCCCAACGUCUAUGACGUCAUUUCGAAGAGCAUCGCUCCCUCCAUCUACGGCAGUGCCGACAUCAAGAAGGCCAUCAGUUGCCUGUUGUUCGGAGGCUCCAGGAAGCGGUUGCCUGACGGUCUGACAAGGAGGGGCGACAUCAACCUGCUGAUGCUCGGCGAUCCCGGCACAGCCAAGUCACAGCUGCUGAAGUUUGUGGAGAGGUGUUCGCCCAUUGGGGUGUACACCUCCGGGAAGGGGAGCAGCGCGGCUGGGCUGACUGCUUCCGUCAUGCGAGAUCCGUCCUCUCGGAAUUUCAUCAUGGAGGGCGGCGCCAUGGUUCUGGCUGAUGGAGGUGUUGUCUGCAUUGAUGAGUUUGACAAGAUGCGAGAAGAUGACCGAGUGGCGAUUCACGAAGCCAUGGAGCAGCAAACUAUCUCCAUUGCCAAGGCCGGCAUCACAACCACCCUGAACUCCCGCUGCUCCGUGUUGGCCGCAGCAAACUCUGUCUUCGGCCGGUGGGAUGACACCAAAGGAGAGGAGAACAUUGAUUUCAUGCCAACUAUCUUGUCCCGGUUCGACAUGAUCUUCAUCGUGAAGGAUGAGCACAAUGAGGAGAGAGAUGUGGUUCUGGCCAAGCACGUCAUGAACGUGCACCUGAGCGCCCUGACGCAGACGCACGCCGUGGAGGGGGAGAUCGAGCUCAACAAGCUAAAAAAGUACAUCGCCUACUGCCGCACGAAGUGUGGCCCGAGGCUCUCGGCUGAGGCUGCGGAGAAGCUGAAGAAUAAGUACAUCCUGAUGCGGAGCGGAGCGCGGGAGCACGAGCGGGAGAGUGACCGUGCCAGCAGUAUUCCCAUCACAGUCAGGCAGCUGGAGGCCAUUGUUCGCACCUCAGAAUCGCUGGCGAAAAUGAAGCUGCAGCCGUUCGCCACGGAGCGGGACGUGGAGGAGGCGCUGAGGCUUUUCCAGGUCUCCACGCUGGAUGCGGCGCUGUCCGGCAGUCUGGCUGGAGUGGAGGGCUUCACCACGGCAGAGGACCAGGAGAUGCUGUCACGUAUCGAGAAGCAACUGAAACGUCGCUUUGCCAUCGGGUCGCAGGUGUCUGAGCACAGCAUCGUCCAGGAUUUCCUGAAGCAGAAGUACCCGGAGCAUGCCAUCUACAAAGUCCUUCAGCUGAUGAUGCGUCGGGGGGAGAUCCAGCAUCGCAUGCAGCGCAAGGUGCUUUACCGUAUCAAGUGAUGGCCGCCGCCCGGCCUGAGAGAGACGAGGUGACUCCUGCAAGAAUGGCAGUUCUGGGUGCCCCUGUCCGAUGGUGCUCACCCAUAGCCCUUCCUAUCUCCCAUCCCAGCCAGGUCACUGGUAGUCAAACCGGACAAUAAACCGUGUCCCAGCUCCGAACGCACUUCAUCCGGGCUGAAUUUUUACCUACCUUGAUUUUGAUAAAGAAAGGAGUUUGUCACACACAACACAGCUGCUUUUGUUAUUCCCUAAUAAAGUUGCUUGUCAGAA